AAUAUUUGUUUACAGUGACUAUUGAAGAUUAUGGUAUUUAUUACUUGUAUAUGAAUAUUUGUAAGUUAAAAUAAUCAUAAAUAGAGUUGUAAUUAGAGACAAAGUGGACUUUUUAGGUAAUGUUUGAAAAAGACAAGGAGAAAUUUAAGUUUUGCGUAAUCUGGUGAAUUAAAAAAAAAAUAAGAAGGGAAAGGAGAAUUACAAAACACACAAGAAAUUAAGGAAUUUAUUGCACAAACCAGAGUGGAAUUUGAGUAGCUUUACAAUAACAAUGGUUGUUGAAAGCAUUGAAAGUGUUAAAGUGGCGGUCAGGGUGCGUCCCUUCAAUCAGAGAGAGAUUGAUCGCCAAGCAAAACUUGUUGUGAAAAUGGAUGGAAAGAUGACCAUGAUUUAUAAUCCAGAAGCUCCCAAUGAUGAACCAAAAAAGUUUUCAUUUGAUUAUUCAUAUUGGUCACAUGAUGGAUUCAACACAUUACCUGAUGGCACGGCAGAACCUCAAUCAGGAAGUACCUACGCUAGUCAGAGAGUUGUGUUUGAAAAUUUGGGUCAAGGUGUCUUAAACAAUGCGUUUGAAGGUUACAAUUGUUCAUUGUUUGCAUACGGACAGACGGGAUCCGGCAAAUCAUACUCCAUGGUGGGAUAUGGAAAAAAUAGGGGUAUUGUACCAAUCACAUGUGAUGAACUGUUUAAAACAAUGGAGAUGAACAACGACCCUAACAAGAGGUACGAGGUUAUGUUCUCUAUGCUGGAAAUCUACAACGAACAAGUGCGAGAUCUUCUAUCCAAAGAUAAUCCUAAAGGUGGCCUUAACGUGAGACAAAAUCCAAAACUGGGCAUGUUCUAUGUAGAAGGACUGAAGAAAGUUCCAGUAGGAAGUUAUGCUGAAAUAGAGAAAAGAAUGGAACAAGGUACACAAUCUAGAACUGUAGCAUCAACAAACAUGAACGCGACCAGCAGUAGGGCUCACACUGUUGUCACUAUAAUAUUUGAUCAGAUCAUUAAAUCAGACAGUGGUGAAACGAAGAAAAGCUCAACAAUGAAUCUCGUAGAUUUGGCAGGUUCUGAGAGAGCUGACAGCACAGGUGCUACAGGUGACAGGUUGAAGGAAGGUGCUAAUAUCAACAAGUCUCUAUCAGCCCUGGGAAAUGUCAUAUCAGCAUUAGCAGAUUUAUCAAUGGGUAAAAAGAAAGUAAUGGUGCCUUACAGAGACUCUGUCCUUACUAAACUUCUACAGAAUGCUCUUGGUGGAAACAGUAAAACUAUAAUGAUAGCUGCACUGUCACCAGCAGAUAUAAACUAUGAUGAAACAUUGGGUACGUUAAGAUAUGCUGACAGAGCAAAGAAGAUCCAGAAUAAAGCCGUCAUCAACGAGAAUCCCAUGGACAAACUUAUUAGACAACUUAAAGAAGAGAAUGAAAGGUUGAAGAAAGCAAUGGAGAGUGGAGGUGUUGUCGUACAGAAUGCAGCUGGCAUGUCACCUGAAGAGAUAGACAAGAUGCGGAAGCAGAUGGAGGAUGAGAUUAGAGCACAGUUAAUGGCCAAUCAACAGAUGAUUGCUGAUGAAGAAACUGCUGGUGAUUGGGAUAACAAGUUAGCAGAGGCUAGGAGAGAGACUCAAGAGUUAGAUUCGGAGGGGCGUGGCGACGUCUCACGUAGACAGAGGGAGGUACAUCUUGUCAACUUGAACGAGGAUCCCAUGUUGUCAGGGGUAAUAGUUCACUUCUUGAAACCUGGAAAAACAACGAUAGGCAGAAAAGAUGCCCAAGAAUUACCUGAUAUUUGUCUCAGUGGAUUAAGUAUACUAAAGCAGCACGCUGUCCUCACAUCUAAUAAAGGAAAAGUGGAGCUUGAACCUGUAGCUGGGUCCGGAUCUAAAACUAAAGUUAAUGGUGUUGUGGUGACAGGCAAGACAAAACUUACACACAAAGACAGACUUCUCUUUGGAUCUAAUCAUUUGUAUGUGUUCAUGAACCCAUUGAACACGGAGACAACUGAAGAUUUGCCUGCAGAAAUCAGCUGGGAGUUUGCCCAGAAAGAGAUUGCACAAGUAAAGGGAUUUGCCACAGCUACUGGGGCUGGUCUGUCUAAAGAUCAACAGAUUGCUCAAGAACAAGUUCUGGAAAUUUUACCAAUGGUAUCAGAAGUAAAUGCAGUGUCAGAAGAAUUGAAUAAACAGAAGUCAUUUGAGGUUGUCCUAAUCUCUGCAGCAGCUCAGGAAAGUACAUAUGGUACACAAAACAGUACAUCCGUGAAUAAUGUGCUCACGGCCAGAGUAAUGGUGAAGAUGAAGAAUCUACUCAAUGGUAACACAUGGUUAUGGGAACGUGGUAAAUUCAUGAACAGAAGAUAUCUUAUACAGGACCUUUACCAGAAAUUUUUAGAUGGUGAAGACAUCUCAAAAAUACCAAAAGAACAAGAUCCAUUCUGGGAACCAACCGAAGAUGUUUUGAUCGGCUCAGCCAAUGUUUUCUUGCAAUCACUUUCAUACGCACUCGACUUUGAUGACAAAAUAACAAUCACAGACUAUAAGGGCCAGGAGGAAGGAUUUAUUAAGGUGCACGUGACCCCGUGUCAGAAAGACGGCAAACAGUUGGAGGAGGAUGCAUUUGUGGACGACCCACAUGAACUGCUGGAAAAACCUUAUCACUUUAAGGUAACAGUGGGAAGUGCGGAAGUUUACAAGACACGUUUUUCUAAAGGAAUUCAAGUGAAAUAUCGUGUAUAUAAAGACGAGAAAUUAACAGAGACUCCAUUAAUGAAAAAUACUCUCAAACCCAAUAUCAAACAUUCUAAAGUGUUUACCUUUGGUAAAGUAACAAAAGAGCAUUUAGAGUUUUUCGAAUCUGGAUGUAUUACGUUCCUGGUGUAUGGUACCCAGGAGGAUGCUACGCCGGAUCCUAAACUCCUAAAAUAUUCAACAAAAGAAUUGAGACAAAUGGACCAGGGUGAAGCGCCAUCUAGUGUUAAUAUGGCAAGACGGAACACACAUUUUGCCCUAGAAACAGCAUCUGAUCAGUCCCACUUGAAAACUGAGGUUUUAUUAUUACAAAGAAAAUAUGAAAGACUGGCUUCAAAGGAAAAAAGGAUGCAGGACAUCUGUAAAGAAUGGGACAAGAAGCCCGAGUCAGAGAAACAGUUUGAACCAUUUUACCGUGCCGUAUCUGCUGUGGCAAAUAGCACUGGCACACGUCUUAAAACACGUGUACAUCUCUUAAACCAGAAGGAAAACGAGAAAAACAGGAGAAUGUCGCGGGUUGAAGAGGAUCUGAUUAGUCUGUAUGUGUUCGGUGAGGACGAGGGUGAACUCCAUACUGAGGCCGAACAAAAUGGCGGAGUUGUUCAGUAUGAGAAAGUGAAACAUCAUCACCAUAAAGAUAUACAACUUGUUCGUUCACAUUCCUUUACAAAU